GAGAGUCAAAGAGAGAGAGAGAUACACUUGCUUGUCCAGUGGCAAGCAGUGAGCGGGAUCUAGAGAGAGGGAAACAGACAGAUGAGAGUAACACGGCGUGAGGAGAGGGGAGUCCGAACACAUCCGUCUGCACGAGGAAGUGCAGACCUUUGGAUGAGCCUCUGACCCAACAAUCAGCUUUUGACUUUCUGAUUUCAACAUGAAGGACAAGGACUUCAGCUUUUGGCCAUAGUUGAAAGUGUUGAAGCAAAAGUUUGCCAUGGAGUUCACUACAAGUAUAUAGACUUCCAAAAUAAUCCAAAUGGUCCUCAGCUGUUUGAACAAUGAUGGGAGAAAGAAAACCACAACAUAUUAAGAAACAUCUCAUGUCCAAACAAAGUUAAACAUUUUUCAUUUUUUUGAUGGAACUGUACGAUACGAUUCUUUGGACCGCACCAUGUGGACACUCCUGGCUAGUCUGCACUCUGAAAAGAACUGUACACCUGUGUGUUUGAGUGUAAUUGUGGGUGUGUACAAGUGUUUGUGUAUGCCCACAGUCUUAUGACACAGUGGAAGUGAGAGGGGAAGAUUUCCGGACCGUUCUUUCUUUACAAUGAGAGAUCCAGCUGGCGUGGCUGCAAUUUCCUGUCUUUGUCCUCUGGUGGUCUUCCUAUGUGUUGUCUCCCAGAGUUGUUAUGGGAUCCGGGUCGAUCUGAGCCCCAACACUAACCCCAACCCCAGCCUGUACCCUAAUCCUCGUCUCAAGUCACUACCUGAACCAACCCCGCUGCCAAGCUCCAGUCCUGAAAAACGUAUGGCUUCACUGAAUCCCAGCCAUCUCUCGAGCUCCGGCAAGAACCUCUGGAGCAAGUCUCAGUUAAGGCCUAGGCUUGACACCAUGUCCUAUCUUACUGACAAUCAUAGGGCCAACACAAACUUUCCAUUGGCAAUCUUCCCUGUUACAUCAAGCUCCAACAGUAGACUCAAGCUACAGCAUGCACCCAAACAGAGCUCUAAUUCAAGGCAUGAGUUGGCAUGCAAAUCAAAUUGUGAUCAGGUGGCAAGAAAUACCUUAAAUAAUCCCAAGCAAUCAUCAAAAACCAAUCCAAAACCAAGGCUUGGAUCACUGUUGCAGGCAAAGCCCCAGGCAUUUUCCAACUCUAAGGUAGUAACCGGACUUAAGACCAAUUUAGAGUCAGUCCCCAACACUAAAUUAUCUUCACUACCUAGUCCUAAUCAAACGUCUGAGUCAUCUGGUACAAUGAACCCCAGCACCUACUACAAUGCCAGCCCGGCUUCACUAUCCAAUCCUAAAUCCCAUUCAAAAUUCCGACCUUCAGGAAUAAAUACAAAUGCCAAAUCUGACUCCAAGAUCAACCCAAACUCCAGAGCAUCCAUCAAAGUACAGAGGAAUGAGACCAAGUUGCUGGAGACGGAUAAGGAUUACUCCCAUCGGCCCAAGAGAGGCUGGAUCUGGAACCAGUUCUUUGUUCUGGAGGAACACAUCGGACCUGAACCUCAGUACGUUGGAAAGCUCCACUCCAACUCUGACAAGGGUGAUGGUUCUGUGAGCUACAUCCUGUCUGGCGAGGGGGCCGGGUCUAUCUUCCUCAUUGACGAAACAACGGGCGACAUCCACGCAGCAAAGAGCCUGGACCGUGAGAGGAAGUCCCAGUAUGUCCUACAUGCAAGGGCCAUCGACCGGCAGACCAACCGCUCCCUGGAGGCAGAGUCAGAGUUCAUCAUCAAGGUCCAGGAUGUUAAUGACAAUGCUCCAACAUUCCCUGAUGGACCGUUUUUAGCAUCUGUGCCUGAGAUAUCUGAUGUUGGAACGUCAGUUUUGCAAGUGACAGCCUCAGACGCAGAUGAUCCGACGUACGGAAACAGCGCCAAGAUAGUUUACAGCAUCCUGGAGGGACAGCCCUACUUCUCUGUGGACCCCAAAACAGGUAUCAUCCGUACAGCGAUGUCCAACUUGGACCGUGAGACCAGGGACCACUAUGUUGUGGUGAUCCAGGCCAAAGAUAUGGCUGGCUCGGUCGGAGGACUGUCUGGAUCUACUACCGUCAACAUCACCCUCACCGACAUCAAUGACAACCCGCCAAAGUUUCCACAGAAGAGCUACCAGCUGUAUGUAGCAGAGCUGGCUCCAGUAGGGAAGGCCGUGGGUCGGAUCAGAGCCAGCGAUGAAGAUGAGAAGCAGAACGCUGAGAUGACCUACAGCAUCACUAAUGCCGACGCAGCUGCCUUCUUCACCAUCACCACCGAUGCUGACCGCAGGGAGGGAAUCAUUUCCCUCAAGCAGCCUCUAAACUAUGAGAAGAGAAAGGUUCACACGCUCAACAUUGAAGUCUCCAACACUCAUCCAGACCCCCGCUUCGCCCACCUGGGGCCAUUUAAGGAUUCUACAUCGCUGCGAGUCAUUGUGGGUGAUGUGGAUGAGCCUCCUGUCUUCUCCAUGGACUACUACAUUAUGGACAUAUAUGAAAACUCACCUGCCGGCACCCAGGUUGGCACUGUAACCGCCGUGGACCCUGAUAGUACCAACAGCGCUGUCAGGUACUUUAUAGAAAACGGAGAGGAAAGACCAUUGCAUUUCACCGUCGGGGUGAACAGCGGCAUCAUCAGGACUACUCAGGUUCUGGACCGGGAGGAGACUGCGUGGCAUAACAUCACUGUGAUGGCUGCAGAGGUUGAUAACCCUCGUAUGGUGAGUCACGUCCCAGUCACCAUCCAGGUCCUGGACGUCAAUGACAACAUUCCAGCCAUCUCCAGGGGCAACAGUGCCGUCAUCGUGUGUGAGAGCACCAAAAAUGGACAGGUGAUUCAGACCAUCCGAGCAGCAGAUCUUGACAACUUUGCAAAUGGAAGGUUUUCCUUCUAUGUGCCUGCUGAGCUUCCUGCCAAUCCAAAUUUUACUCUGAAGGACAACGGAGACAACACUGCCAGUAUAAUAUCUCAUCGGCGUGAGGGCUUCAGCCAGGACAGAGACCCGGAAUUCUUCAGCCUGGUGUUGGUCGUGGCUGACGGCGGGGAGCCUCCUCUGAGCAGCACCGCUACACUCUCCCUCAGGGUGUGUGUGUGUCAAAGGAACGCCAGGGAGCGCAACAGCAACAAUGUCUGUCAGGCCCAGGCUUUCCUGUCUUCGGCUGGUCUCAGCACUGGGGCUUUUAUAGCCAUAUUGCUUUGUAUUGUCAUAUUAUUAGCCAUAGUGAUGCUAUUCACCCAGCUGCGAAACAAGAAAGCAAGCAAAGAGCCGUUGAUUCUCUCUGAAGAGGACAUCAGAGAAAACGUGGUAACCUAUGACGACGAGGGAGGCGGGGAGGAAGACACGGAGGCCUUUGACAUUGCCGCACUUCGAAAUCCCAAAGUCUCCGAGCCUCGCAGGAGGUUCCACACCUACCUUGGCCAUGGGCCAAGCCCAUACGGAGAGGAGGAUGAGAUCGAGGAGGACACGAUCGAGGAUGGCGAGGAGGGGAUUAUGGUGGUGAGGAGGAGGAAAGCACGGGAGUUAGAUUGCGGGAAAUACAGCCCGGAGUUGGAAACUACCUGGUUUGUCAUUGACUGCGUUCCGCGAGAGAUCAGCCAGUCGGCACCUUCACUUCUGCUAGACGGUCAGGACAUCAUUCAGCAGAUCAUCCAACAGAAGGUGGCCGAAGCGGACUCUGACACACGGGGCCCACCGUAUGACUCGCUUCAAACGUACGCCUACGAAGGCCGUGGGUCCUUGGCCGGCUCAGUCAGCUCUUUGGGCCUAAAUGCGGCAGUGCCCGAACUAAACUAUGCCUUCUUGGAAGACUGGGAUCCAGAGAUGCAAACACUGGAACGAGUGCAGCUGGCUGCAGGUCAAGCUAACCCUGACACCUAAAGAUUUCCAUCAGAAGUUUUUUUUUUUUUUUUUUUAAACCUUUGGCCAGAUUUGCUGAAACGGAUUGCUUUUUAACUUGUGCCAUUUAAACAUGGGUGCGGGGAUGCAAAAUGACUGCCGCAAAAAGCUGGCAAAUGGGAACUGUGAUAUCAUGUGAAAUCAGAGGAUAAGAAAAGCCAUUUAUUUGUAACAGGAGAGAAGAACACAGAGGCUGAAGGGAGAUUUUGGGAGAAUAAAAUCCUAGCUCAAGUGCAUUGCUGAAGUGUGGGACAAAAUGCACACUGACGGAAGACCAGAGUUUUAACAUGACAGGUGAGCUAAUGGGGUUCUCCCUCUGCUCUGCUUGUUAUGUGUGUUAGUUGAAAAGGUACAGCUAUUCCGUGGCCCAAAGGAUUCUAGCCUUGAUCUUCACGGUUGCUAAAACAUGUAAAAACCCAGGGCUGUAUACCAAACUGGCUUGGAACAUGAUGACCCACUGUUCGCGGGUCAUAUCACCAAUCAUCCAUUGGCUUGAAAUAUGGGAAUAUAUGGGGAGUUGUAUUUAUUUCUUAUUCAUAAAAAAACAAAGAAAGAUCUAGAGAAAACUGAUGGCUGCAGUGGAAGGUGCACAAGUUGCAGAUGUUCUAAAGGCCAAAGAAAGCUACAGGUCCUCCCCUGAUUAUUGUUAAAUUAUUAACUCCUUCUGUAAGGUCAUAGAACCUUAAAAAUGUUUGCAACUUAACAACCCCUAACCUACACUAUUAUAAACAGAAACUAUACUUGUUCUCCACAAUUCAAGCAAAGAUUUUCUAUCGACCACAGAGUUCUCACCCACUGUCUUGAAAACUUUGUUGGUCUUUUUGCAGCUUUUCUUCUUAUCUUACAUCACCAGCAGAAAAUUUCUUCAUUAGACUAUUCUACUACAGUAUUCACAAACCUUCCAAAACACAAUUGAAAGGCUCCAGCGAAUUUAAAACUGUCUCAAGAUAAAGGUAAUAAAGAGGGGGCACAUCAGUUAGGUUCAUUUGAGGCUUUGGUACAAGGUUCCUUCACGUUCCACUAUGUUUUAGAAACUUGGACGUUUCAGAUAUACAAUAUUAUAGUGUCAAAUCACAACAGAAGUUAUCUCAGUACACUUUCCAUAUAGAAUAGGUUAAGACCACACUAUAAUUUACAGAGACCCAACAAUUUCUCCAAGAGCAUGAGACAACGUUAAGGAAAAACUUCCUUUUAACAGACAGAAAGCUCAAACAGAACCUGACUCUGGGUGCAACCAGUUGGUGUGAGAGGAGGGGAAUUCUUUGUUUGUUGUUGUCACUCUUGACAAUUCUAGCAAUUUUAUUUACAUAGCGCAAUAUCACAAACCACAAAUUUGCGUCAAGGGGCUUUACAAUUGGAACAGCAAAUGACACCCUCAAGAGAUAACGAUGACAUGAUUGUCUGAACUGUGCCAGAACAGUAAGCAGAACCCAUGGCAAACAUUAUGUUUUAUUUAAUAAGUCACUGCAGUGGAAAAAAGGCUAUUGGUAACACUAGCCACGUUUCCAUUCACAUGUUUUAAUGCAAAUUAAGUAAUACGAAUGAACAAUGCCUUAUGGAAACAGUAGUCGAUUGAAUUUCAUGAAUAUUGACACAAAGUUUGUACGUUUGAUCACAUCGGAUUUUCUCUUAGUCUGUAAACACGGAGACUUUUUUAAAUUGAAUUUACGAGCGAAAUAUAACAGCUAUUUUAGAUUGCAAAAAUCGUUGUCGUCUGGCCUUUACGUGCAUCUGCAUCAUCAUAGCGAUGUUUUGAUAGCGUUGUCUUAUUAUAGCUUGAUAUGUGGCUAUCAGCUGGCACAUAAGCACUAUUACAACUUGUCCAAUAUGAACCAUUUGUAGGUAGACGGCGCGAUCCAGUUUGGCUAGCAAAACUUUGUUCGCAGAUGUUUGCUUGAAUGUUGAGCGAAUCAGUGCGAAAAUGAAUGGAAACACCUUAAAAUGUCUCAAAUCAAUUCGAUAUACCAAUUUGAUCACAAAACAGCAUGUGACGUCGUUAUGCAUAAGUAUUUAUUCACUUUAAAUGGAUUGAAACACACUUUGUUUUUAGCAAACUUCAGAUCAUUCGAUCGACAAUUGGAUGGAAACAUAGCUGUCAAGUGAAGUUUAUAAUCAUUUAAUGCCAACUGCAAGACCUCCCUCCUCUUUCUUAACCUGGCUGACUUCUGUGAAUCUAUGGAAAUUAUUUCAGUAUGCAUAUUUUCAGUGGGUUAAAAUCAAUGAAAGGACUGUACCUUUUCAGAUGUUUUCAGAGUGGAAAUGAAUGACUAAGUUGACUGAGGAAUAAUCAGGAAGAUGGAGGAAAUGAAGCCUAUUUUCCCUGGUGUAUAUUUUUAUUGGUGAAUAAAAAGAUCAAUGAUUUCAGAAAA